ACGAAAGCUAACAUCUACAGAAGGAAUCUGAGCCAUACACAUCGGAGAGCUUGAGACAGUUCAUCAUCCAUAAUGUUGUCUGCCGCUUGUGUCUUGUUAUGUUGCCUGCUGCACUUCGCCUUCGCUCAAGUGCCCUACCUCACUUUGAAGUACGAUUACCAGCCCAAUGGCUAUGACUACAAAACCCCUGAUGGCUAUGGUUACAACAGCGAUGGCUACAAGAAAGAUGGAUACUAUAGCGGGUACCUGCCAAAGAUGGAUUACAAGAAGGACGGAUAUUACAACUAUUAUCUUCCAAAGAUGGAUUACAAGAAGGACGGAUAUUACAACUAUUAUCUUCCAAAGAUGGAUUACAAGAAGGACGGAUAUUACAACUAUUAUCUUCCAAUGACGGAUUACAAGAAGGACGGAUAUUACAGCUAUUAUCUUCCAAAGAAUGAUUACAAGAAAGACGGGUACUAUAACACGUAUCCACAGAAGUAUGAUUACAAACCCAAGUAUGACUACAAUCCACCUAAAAAAGAUGGCUUUCCUCCCAAAUACGGUGGUUAUCUCCCGCUAUACUAAAGAGACGCCAUUUACCUGUCAGUGUACUACACCAAGUGUCAUUCUUUUGUUGGUAGACACGAAACAUUGUUGUAAUUAAUAAAUAAUUUUCAAAUCUCAAA